AUGCCUUUGCGAGAGAUACUUCAUAAGAAGGACAGAAUCAACGAUACCAGUGGCCAAUAUGCGGCGGGUGUCCCUUCCGCGUUACUGAGCCCGGUUCCUCAAAUCAUUCGAUCCGAUACCACCUCCCAAGAAGUCGUCACCCCACCCAUCUGCGACGGCGAUGAUGUCUAUCACCAUCAGAACACACAUCUCGAAGUGUCGCCACCUAGCUCUUCCUCGCGCCGUCGGUCACUGAAUCCAUUUAGCCGCUCGAGAGCGCCAUCUGAAUCCCUAGGAUCUCCGUCGUCUCAACCGCGAGAAAGAAGGCUGUCGCAAUUGCUCCAUCGUGAUCGGGGCAGCUCGCGGAAUUCCACCGCCACCUCGACCAAUAUCCCGUCAGACCUUCCACAGAUAAACAAUGAGAAAGGUGAUGAGCAGGAGAGAGAGGCUCAGUGGGAGAAAAGAGCAACGGUCUUAGUGCAGCGGAGUCCGAAUCUUGGAUCGCCGUUAUCACCUACUUCGCAGGGCUUGGGAAGACAUAGUAUAGAAUCGCGGUCAAGGAGCUCUAGUCGAAGUGGUCUCAGUGAUCCUCAAGGAGAUGUUAACAUCCAAGAAGCGAUUCGGCUCCAUGAAGCGGGAGAACUGGAGAAGUCCACUGAAAUGUUUCGCCGGUUGGCAGAUCCCAAUGGUGCAAAUAACGCACUGAGCCAAGUACUUUACGGCCUCGCACUAAGGCAUGGUUGGGGGUGUCCCAAAUCGGAAGAACAGGCAGUGACCUAUCUCUCAGCUGCAGCAUCAAACUCGGCAUUGAUUGAAUCCCAGGCUCUCCAAGCAGGCAUGAAAAAGGGUGGUGCAGCCAAAGGGGAAUUGGUCCUUGCUAUCUUCGAGUUGGGUAACUGCUUCCGCAACGGCUGGGGAGUCAAGAAAGACCCUGCGGCAGCGCGCCAGUACUUCGAAACGGCUGCAAAUCUAGGUGACACUGACGCUAUGAACGAGGUCGCGUGGUGCUACCUAGAGGGCUUUGGUGGGAAAAAAGAUAAGUUCACGGCUGCUAAAUAUUACCGAUUGGCCGAACAGAAAGGAAGCAAAUUAGUUGGAAAUUCUUGGAUAUGGAAGGAGAAAUACGACCCAAAGUGA